AUGUCUGGCAAAAACGCUACAAACCCGCAAACGCAGCCGGUCAUUCUGUCCAUGGAAGUGGACGAUGACGAUGAAUAUGAAAGCGAAUACAGAGUGCAAAUCGGAGAAAAGGUUAAAUAUCUCGUCAUCUCUCCCGGAACCUUUGACAGAGACACGCUUUCAUUCCCUCUUCAGUCCCUACCCCAUCUUCCUUACGACAAGGAAUGGACCUUGGCUUACAUCUCACGAGAUAAGGCCAGUGGUGACUUGAAGACUUCAUUCUCGGACAAAACACUAGCUGGAGUCAAAAGUCAAUGGCAUCACACCCGGGUCGAUUGCUUAGCGUUGGAGAAGACCGAACAGCUCACAGCAAUGGCUUUCGAAGCUGUCUCACAUUCAAUCCUUCCAAUUGCUCCCCCAUCAUUAUCAGCCACUAUGAUCGUCAAGAUAGCCCCAAGAAAAAGGGCAUAUCAAUUGCUUGAGGGCACUGGACUGUGCCCGCGCUUCCUUGGCCAUGUCCAUGAAAGUGGACGCAUCAUGGGUUUUCUUUUGGAGAAAAUAGAUGGACGUUCUGCUUCCCUUCAGGAUCUGAGUCUCUGUGAAACUACUCUAAAGAGACUCCACAGACUGGGGCUAAUACAUGGGGACGUGAACCGUUACAACUUUCUCAUCACGAAAGAAGGAGUGAAACUAAUCGACUUUGAACGCCUUCAGGAGAAUGCUAGCCCCACGAUGAUGGCGGAGGAACUGGAGAAUCUGCGUACUAAAUUAGUCGAUGAGUCAGGACGUGGCGGAGGUUUCAUUUUCCUUGGCAAUAGCAAUUGAAGUUAAGAUUUGAAGGAUUGCUUGACCUAGACACUCUCACUUCUAUAGAUUUGUUUUGUUCAUUAAUUUCUCCUCUUAGCUCAAGUUAAAGGUCGUCUAGCAUCUUCAAUAGUCGAUCCCUUUUUAGAUGAACUUCUCGCCUUGAUACGAAGUACUCUUUAUAAUUUAAUGAUAUAAGUCCCGAAUUAGAGAUCGGCGAAUAUAGCGCCAGAAGGCAUGAGCGGCAACUUGUCAACGGAAACGUUGACAUUCGUACUCUUUCAGCCUCGCCGCCUCGUUGCAGGAAGGGAAAAGCAUGAAGGAAGGCAACGAGGCUAUCGACCGGGGUAGAAACAAGGCUGGGGCCGGCAAAACUUCGGAUGCUCUGCUGGUAAAACUAAC